AUGCAACAAGAUAAUACUAGUAGCAUUAAUGGUAGUAACGAGAUUAUAAUUGCGAAAUUUAAUUACAAUGCACAAGAAAAUCACGAAUUAUCCAUAGUUAAAAACGAACGACUCAUAUUACUUGAUGAUAAAUGUCUCUGGUGGAAAGUAAAACGCGUCGAUUCCGAUGAAAAUGGAUACAUUCCAUCGAAUUUUGCUCGACGUGAAAAACGUUCAUUGCUUGAUAAAAUUAUUUCGAAACGUAUCAAUAAAAAACCCACAAUAACCAAUGGAAUCAAUCUUGAUCGUGUACAAUCCUUAGCGCUUAUUAAAUUUCGAUACGAAGCUGAAAGUGAAGAUGAAAUCAGUUUAAAUAAAGGUAUUUGGGUAAAUGUAUUACAAAAGAAAAACGAUGGUUGGUGGCUUGUACAAUAUGAAAAACAACGUGGGUGGUUUCCAUCAAAUUAUCUCAUUGAAAAAACCAACGAUGGUUUAAAUUCUCUUACAUUAAUAAAUCAAUUAAAAUACCAUCAUUCAUCCUCCUCGUCCAAUGGUUUAUCGUCAUCGAGCAGUGCUAAUUCAAAUAUCAUAGACAUAAAUCAUAAUCAUCAACAACAACAAAAUCGUCAUAAUUCUCAUCCUUCACAUAUGACGAAUACAGCGGAUGAAUAUGCAUUUGUUAUAAAAGCAUCAAAGUUUGCUCAUUCCGAUGGUAAACUCGAUACAUGUUUAACAUUCAACAAUCAACAACAAGAAAAAAAUAAUUCAUGGUCCGCUUUAUUACAAUGCGAUAAAACAAAUUCAAGUUGUACGUCUCCCUCAAUAUUAAGCAAUGAACCAUUGACAAUAGUUGAUGGUUUAGCAGCAUUAGCAUUAAAAAAAUAUUCGAAUGAUUCACCCUAUGAAAACGAACCAUGGUAUUAUGGUUCCAUAAGAAGAGAAGAAGCUGAAAAACUUUUAAAAUUCUAUGCAAUGGAAAAAGGAGAGUUUCUCAUACGAAACAGUGAACGAAAAGUUGGCAAUUAUUCAUUAAGUAUUCGAUCUGAUAAUGAUGUAAUUCGACAUUUUCUCAUUGAAUCAACUGAUGAUCAAACACAUUUUAAAAUCGGUAAACGUUCAUUUAAAACAUUAAAUGAUCUUAUCGAACAUUAUAAAACACAUCCAGUGUUUGAUGCUGAUCCCAAUAAUAAGCUAUAUUUAAAAACACCGUUGAUUAUUAAUAAUUCCAAUCAUCAAUUCUAA